AUGGAUAGGUUUCCUAUCAUCCUAAAUCUCAUGAUUAUCCCUCCUACUGACGCUACACUGAAAGUGAUUGUUAGUGAUAAACAUCAAGAAUUGGAUAUCCAUUUAAAUGAUGCUUACUUCCAUUUUAUACCAGCUGCAAUAGCGAUAGUUUAUAAUCUCUUUGAAACAUUACACUCAUUCCAGAUAAAAUUUUCUUGUAAUUCAAUUGACAUUACACUUGACACUGUUAGUAGUACUAACAAUUCGACAACAACAAUAGGUUUAUUAUCAUUUUAUUUGUCAAAUAUUGAUAUUGAAUUGAAUUUUGACAAGUUUAUUGUUAAAGUAACAGUUGGUAUCGACAUAUAUUUAUUUAAUAAGAAUAAGCUCGUAUGGGAACCAUUUCUUGAACCAAACACAAAAACAAUUGACGGUAAACCAGAGCCGGGUUUAGUCUGGACCAUAACAGCAAAUAUCAAUGAUACUGAUCACCAUGAUUUAUUUAAUACUCCACCACGAACAUGCGUUAUUGCAGUCAAUAGAUUAUUUAAUGUGACAUUAACAAAGUCAAAUAUCGAACAACUUCAAUAUAUAUAUUCGUUGUUUACUAAUCCUCAUGUUCAAGUUCUCGUAUCAAAUAAGGAUCGAGAUAUUGAAUCCCAUUUUUGGAUCCAUAAUGUAACUGGUUACGAUAUUGUUUUGAAUAAUUUGGAAAAAUUUAAGGUACAUACAGUAACGGGUGUAACAUAA